AUGCUCAUUGAGAGACUCUCUAUUCAAUGCGACCAAUUUCUGACCCCCUUCAGCCUAGACAAGAUGAGCUACAUUGCCCGCCGAGGUCUCUCGACCUUGAUCCCCCCCAAGGUCGCUUCCCCUAACGCUAUCGGUGCCGCCCAGGAUGCCGCCCGCAUGGAGCGUGUUGUGACCUUCUACGCUGGUCUUCCCCGUGGCCCUGCCGCUGCUGUCAAGCCUACCGGUCUCAUCGGUCGCUACCAAGCCCGCUACUUCAACGGCAAGAACGCCUCCGGUGUUCCCCUUAUCCACGCUAUUGGCGGUAUCCUGAUCCUGGGUUACAGCAUGGAAUACUACUUCCACCUGCGCCACCACAAGAACCACCCCCACUAA